AUGUCUCUUCAUUAUUCCCUUCUUCUCGGCCUUAGUCUCCUCCUCUUUCCUCAAUUUACAGAAUCCAAUGAACUUUCCCGUUGUUGUUCUGGAGGUUCUAAACACUUUAAAGAGCAUGGAAAUUGUGUUUCUGUUAGAGCUGUUGGUUCUUCCCAUUCCUGCAAUAGAGCAGGUUCAAUUUGUUGUCUCCGUUCAUUAAUUGACGCCUCCUGUCAAGCCGGCCUUCUAUACGCACAGAGGCAUAAAGUUUGUUCUGCUGUGAAUAUAAAUGAGCUAGCUGGUGGGGUUAAAAGGGAAUGUUGUGAUUGUUGUCUGCUUGCAAAAGAAUUAUCUGAACGUAAUGAAGCAUGUAUCGCUCCAAUCGGGUUUAGCCCUGAUUGUUUGGAGGCUUUUAAUAAAUGUUGUAAUCAAACAAUAGCAGCUAAUAAACCUUCCUUUAUUGGUUGUUCUUUUAAAUUAAAAAAAUAA